UGCAUACGCACCCAGAUGACCUCGAUGCCUUUACCACGCCCAAAUCAGACCAAAGCAGUAAAACAAGUCUGAGCAACAGCCUCUUGCACCAGUCACCAGUUUGGGGGUGUUUCUCCAGUCCUCUCAAACAAACCUUACUGAUUUACCCUCGCGAAGGAUUUUACCUACUUCUUAUCUCCUGCAUAAAACAAUUCAAAACAUGUCUGAUAAAGUAGUACUAUACUAUUUCAAUGGAAGGGGGAAAAUGGAGUCAAUCCGCUGGCUUCUAACGGUGGCCAAAGUUGAGUUUGAGGAGGUUUUUCUCACAACCCGUGAUCAAUAUCUAAAACUUCUCGAAGAUGGAGCGCUCAUGUUUCAGCAGGUUCCUCUUGUUGAAAUGGAUGGCAUGAAACUCAUCCAAACAAAAGCGAUACUGCAAUACAUGGCAGAGAAGUACAAUCUUCAUGGGAAUGAUCUCAAAGAGAAAGUCAUGGUCAACAUGUAUGCAGAGGGAUUAAUGGACCUUAUGGAGAUGAUUAUGAUUCUGCCAUUUUCUUCAGACGCCUCCCAAAAACUUGACAACAUUGAAAAAAAGUCCAAAGAGCGUUACCUGCCUGUGUUUGAAAAGGCACUGUCAGGACAGACCUACUUGGUUGGAGGAAAACUGACCUAUGCUGAUGUGCUGUUGCUGGAAUGCUCACUGAUGCUGGAGGAGAAAUUUUCACAGAUCCUCUCCAACUUCCCCAACAUUAAGGCUUUUCAGGAGAGGCUGACUAAAACUGAAGCUGUUAGCAGGUUUCUGAAGCCUGGUAGUCAGAGGAAGUCACAACCUGAUGACAACUAUGUGAAGACUGUUAUGGAAGUGUUUGCUCUCUCCAAAUUAUCACUUUAAAAGAUUUUUACUUAAUGGCUGCUCCACACUAUAAUUCACAAACAACAUUGAAAUUAUUAUAUGCUUUGUAAAUAUAAAUACAAAUAAAGCAUAAUUAAAAACA